CAGGGCAGACUGCAUGCAAAUGAGGCUGCAUGACACGCAGAAGAGAUUAGCUCCUUUUCAUCAGUGGGGGGUUGAUGGAUGACUGGAUUUGGAAAUAAAGGGUUUUUAAAGGCUGCGUUUUUCUAGGAAAAGUGUUGGAAGCGGUCCGGGAGGAGGGUGUGGGCCCGCACGUCACUCCAAGGGAGUUGCAGGGAAUGCGGACUUCCCCAAAAGUUGACUUGUGGUGGAGUCAGUCGGGUCAGUCACGGAGGCGAUGCGCUCCUGGCGUGCGCACGCAGCGAACCAGCCGGAACUUUCUGCCUUUCUGCCCCAGAGGAGCUCGGGAACUUCAGGAUGAGCGGCUGCGGGACGCUUUUCGCGCUCCUUCUCCACCUCCAGCUCGCUCGCGCGCUGUCCUCCUCCUUUGGCUCCGCGCACAGCGGGGCGCUCCACAGACACAGGAAUAGGAACUGGUGCGCCCAUAUGGUGCAGAGGAACGUGAGCUGCGUCGUGCAGGGGAGCGCCGAGCGCCUGCAGGAGCCCGCGCUGGCCCCCUGCCCGGCCUACCAGCCCCACUGCCAGCAACAAGUGACAUACACAACUCGCUUUCGACCCACGUACAAGAUCAGCUACAAGGCGGUCACAGAGUUAGAGUGGAGGUGCUGUCCCGGACACACAGGUCCGGACUGCAAGGAUACAAAGCCAACGCAAGAUCGUCGAGUCGGGCAAGGAGUGCAGUCCUACCUUCCAACAAACCCUGGAUACUCAACCAGACACACACAACGGGCCGAGCGGAGGGAGACUGCCCACCAUGAGGUGCAGCACCGGGUCGCAGAGAAGACGCGCUUCCUGGAGGGGGAGGUUCAGCGUCUGUCUCAGACAGUCUUGGAUCUCCAGUCCACCUUGACGGGGUUAACCGGCAGCCUUCGCUCAGACCUGCAGGACGACACCAGGAAAAUGCUGGUGAAGCUUCUGAACGACAUGCGACCUCCGCAGAGCGCCAACAGCCCGGGUGCAGAGGAGACCCCGGCUGUACUUGAUGGGCAUCAAACUGCGAGAGGGGGUAACUCUGAAGAGAGGAUCCUGGAAAAGAUAGUUGCUCGUUUGGAUGAGAUGAAUAAUUCACUGAAGAGUAAGGAGGAAGCCUUAGAAGACCUGAGAGGAAUCACAACGAGUCACGAGGGGCAGAUCCGCGUCCUGAUGGAUGCGUCUCAGUCCCAGACUCCAGCCAUACCAGAGUUAGAUGUCAUCCAAACCUACGUUGAUGGAAAAGUUGAGAAGCUGAAGAUGGAGCUGAGCCAGACUAUGAAGGAGGAGCUGGCCAAACUUCAGGGCUCGUGCAGCGACAAGAUCCAAACCGUACAGAAGAGCUGCGACGAAGGCCGGGACCAAGUCUCUGCCAGGCUGACCAAGCUGGUGGAAACCACCGAAGCCGACCUGCGAAAGGACAUCCGAGCGCUGCGUCUGAACCUGGCUGCCGCAGACGGACCCGUCCAAGCGCAGAGGCACACCGACCCGCCCAAAGACGAAGGGGAGGGCCCCGGCGACCACAAAGACCUGUGGCGUGAGAUUGACCGCAUCGCAGAGGCGCACCGGAUCCUGAACGUUCGCUUUGACAAUGAACUGGGUCACCUGUCCGGGCUGCAGGAGGUUCAAGACUUCGGCCUCCUGGUGGAGGAGCUGGAGGCGCGCAUAAACAUCACCGAACAAAACGCAGAGACUCACUGCUUUUACAUUGAAGAGAAAUUAACCAAAACGAUUUCAGACGAAGUUUCAGCUCUUCGACAGCUCCUGGAUCAAAGACUGAAGAACGUGGGGAACCAGUUCACCACCGCGGUGGAGGACGUGGACAGGAACUCCUUCCCAGGGAUGUUGGAGGACUCCGUAACUACCCUGAAGACAGAAGUUAGCAAAAACAAGCUCCUGAUUGAUGGUCUGGAAAAAAAGGUGAAUGCCGUCGGGGAUUUAUGCUCUGCUGGAUGUUCGGGAGUCCCUGUGAGGGAGGGAGGAUCUGUCUUCUCACCUGAAACUGAAGGCAAUGUUUUGAAGGAGCUGAAACGGCACAGAAAUGACUUAGACGUUCUGAACACAGACGUACGUUCCAACACUGACAAGCUCAAGCAGCUGGAGGCGUUUGUUGGAAGGGGCGUGGCAGGAACUGAGCGGCACAUGAAGAUGAUGGAGGACUUCCAGAGAGGGCAGAUAAACCUCCAGAACAACGUGCUCAGCCUGGCCGGCACCGUCAAGAGAUUAGGCGACUCGCAGGCGAACUACGACCUGGACAUGCACAGGAUGAACUCAACGUGCUGCCACGGAGGACCGACGGGUUCUGGAGGACGAGCCGCGUGGGCUCCAGCGGAUCCCGCCGGCCCUCAGGUGGCCGAGCUGAGGAACAAACUGGACGCUUUGAGCGCAGAGAUGUCCUCCCAGCUGAUGCACAGCAGACUGAACGCACAGGGUUUGUCGACUCUGGACCAACGAGUGUCCAAACUGGAAAAGAUUUGCGUGAAGCUGGAUGGGGUCGCCGAUAACAUCAGGAAUCUGAAAGACGGGCUGGGGAGGCACAUGGCGGACCUCCAGCACCGCGUCUACAGGAUGAACGCCACCUGCGGGAGUCACGGCGCCAACAUCGCCUCUCUGCAGAACUCUAUGUACAAGCUCCAGACGCAGCUGUCCAACACGCCCAAGGAUGUCCUGAGGGAUGUGGGUGCCAAAGAGCCAGCAAUGAGACCGGACCGGCCGGCGGCGUCUUUCCCAGAUCCAACCAAAGCCAGAAUCCAGCAAAUCCACAUCCCCAUCAUCCUCCCGCCGCAGCCCGUCCAGCCCGGCGUGAACGUCAUAAAGGUCAGCCCUCCGAGCGACCCGUCCAGAGCCCGGCAGCCAGCUCGGCCCGUCAGGCCUGUGGUGGAGGCGGGGGAGGCGGGGCCUCCCGGGUACAUCAGCAGGGUGACGGUGCGCCGAGGAUCCGAGGACUCGUCCAGAAAAUCCGUCAAAGGCUUCGCCGGAGCUCCAGGGUAUCUUCCUCCUCCUCCUCUUCCUCCUCUGGAGCCGGCGUCGUUCAAACCCGACGCCAGAGUUCUGGGGGCAGCAAAGGUCUCCUGGAGGCAUCAAGCUCCGCCCAUCUCUCCUGUUUCCGUGGACGACGGCGCCUUCACCGACCCCUUCUCCUUCUCCGUUGGUCUCUCCCAGGAGUCCCCCUUCACAGGGGAUUUUGGGUUCAUCCGCUUCAACAGGGUGCUGGUUAAUGAUGGCGGACACUACGACCCCCGCACAGGGAUCUUCUCGGUCCCUCAGGACGGCCGGUACCUGGUUUCCGGCCUUCUGACGGCGCAGCGCGGCGAGCGCGUGGAGGCCGUGCUGUCCGUGUCCGACCGCAGCGUCCAGAGGCUGCGGAGCUCGGAGCGGUCGGCGGCCGGGGGGAGCUGCAGCUGCGGGGGCUCCGUGUCCUUCGGCGUGGUCCUCCCCCUCAGGAAAGGAGACCGCGUGGGUCUCAUGAGGACUGGAGGCCAGCUGGCGUCCAGCGAGGCCCGGGAGAUCCUCUCCACCUACAGCGCCAUCUUCCUGUACGCCCCCCAGGCCAGAAGAUAGCUGCAGCCGGGGGGGCGGCGAGGACUCCAGAUAAACCGGAUGAAACAGCUUUUUGACUGAUUGAUUGUGAAAAUCUUCACCUAUAUGUUCAUUUUAAAUCCUGCGGUCCCCAGAACGCCGAGAGUUUGUAUCUAAUAUAUUUGUGAAUGUCUGUAGAACUGUAAAUUAACAUGGAAACGCAGAAAAAGUCUUUUUUUUACUUCAGAUCCCGAAGGCUCUGUACAGGACGAUCAACCGUCAGUGGAAUUAUUGUGGGAAAUAAACGGAUAAAUGAAUAAAACGGAUAAAACACCCGAGAUUUUCUGAGAUGAACAAACGCAGGGACUGCACAUGAAUAAUAAACUGACAUUUGGGAAAAAC